CCGUGGUCGCCGUCAUCCUGGCCUCCUCCGCCCGCCCCCGCGCUGUCGGCGGCGGCCCUGGGCGGGACAAGGAGGGGGCAGCGGAGCUCAGCUUUAGCCGUGCCGGGAGAGAGGUGGCGGCGGGCACACACACACCCAGACCAAUAAAGAUGAAACUUGUGAAAACGCCCUAAGAAGAAAAGGAGAAGGAAGAGAUUACAGUACUGCUGACUUUGAAACAACUUGGUUCUAUAGAUGCUGAUUCUCAUAAUGGAUCAAAGGAAAAAUGAAAGCUUUGUCCCAAGUAUCACUCAGUUGGAAGAUUUUCUAACGGAACAUAACUCCAAUGUGGUGUGGCUUCUUGUUGCUACAAUUUUGUCCUGUGGAUGGAUAAUAUAUCUCACUUAUUAUAAUUCCCGGAAUGUUGGACUUAUUUUAACUUUAGUUCUUAACAGAUGGUAUAAGAAUGGCUACAUCCAUAUUGGUUCAUUUUCUUUCUCUGUCCUUUCUGGAAAAGUGAUGGUUCGAGAAAUCUAUUACAUCACUGAGGAUAUGUCUGUUAGAAUUCAAGAUGGAUUCAUCAUUUUUCGGUGGUGGAAAAUGUAUAACCCCAAACAGAAGCAACAUGAUCCCAAGGCAGAGACUAGACUAUACAUCACAGUGAAUGACUUUGAAUUUCAUGUCUACAAUCGUUCUGAUCUUUAUGGACAACUUCAAGAAUUGUUUGGUUUGGAGCCAACCAUAAUUCCAUCCAAAAAAGAUAAUGAAAGAGUGCUGGAGAAUGGGAGAGAGAGGACACGGCCCAACAUUGAAAGGGUUAAAGUAAGAACAGAAUCUCAAGAUCCCUCUUCUUCAUGGAGAUCUCUUAUUCCAGUCAUAAAGGUCAAUGUGAGCACAGGUCGUUUGGCAUUUGGGAAUCAUUAUCAACCACAGACUCUCUGUAUUAACUUUGAUGAUGCUUUCUUAACGUACACUACAAAGCCACCAUCCAGCCACCUUGACCAGUUUAUGCACAUCGUGAAGGGAAAACUAGAAAAUGUUCGAGUCAUGCUUGUCCCCAGUCCCCGCUAUGUUGGUCUUCAAAAUGAUGAGCCACCAAGAUUAAUGGGAGAAGGUUUUGUCGUGAUGCAAUCCAACGAUGUUGACAUUUACUACUAUAUGGAUGAACCAGGCCUGGUCCCAGAAGAAACUGAGGAAACUAUCGAAGGAGAAAUGAGCAGUGAGGAUAGUAAAUUACAAGAUUUGCCUCCAUGUUGGGGAUUGGAUAUAGUUUGUGGUAAAGGAACGGAUUUCAAUUAUGGACCCUGGGCUGACCGGCAGAGAGACUGUUUAUGGAAGUUUUUUUUCCCACCUGAUUAUCAAGUUAUGAAAAUUUCUGAAAUUGCUCAGCCAGGGAAACCAAGGCAAAUCCUUGCUUUUGAGUUGCGGAUGAAUAUCAUUGCAGAUGCCACGAUUGAUUUGUUGUUCACAAAAAAUAGGGAAACAAAUGCUGUACACGUGAAUGUAGGAGCUGGGUCAUAUUUAGAAAUCAACAUUCCUAUGAUAGUAGGAGAAAAUGGUUAUACCCCUGCAAUUAAAGGACAACUUUUACAUGUUGAUGCUACCAGCAGUAUGCAAUACCGGACCCUUUUAGAAGCAGAAAUGUUAGCAUUCCAUGUCAAUGCCAGUUAUCCCCGAAUAUGGAACAUGCCCCAGACAUGGCAGUGUGAGCUGGAAGUUUAUAAGGCAACCUAUCACUUCAUCUUUGCCCAGAAAAACUUCUUUACAGAUUUAAUUCAAGAUUGGUCUAGUGAUAGCGCCCCUGAUAUUUUUUCAUUUGUUCCAUAUACAUGGAAUUUUAAAGUUAUGUUUCAUCAAUUUGAGAUGAUUUGGGCAGCAAAUCAGCACAAUUGGAUUGACUGUUCUACCAAACAACAAGAAAAUGUUUAUCUGGCAGCCUGUGGGGAAACAUUAAACCUUGAUUUUUCUUUGCCUUUUACUGACUUUGUUCCAACUACGUGCAAUACCAGAUUUACUUUAAGGGGAGAAGAUGUCGAUCUUCAUUUAUUUCUACCAGAUUGCCACCCAAGCAAAUACUCAUUAUUCUUGUUGGUGAAAAAUUGUCACCCAAAUAAAAUUACUCCGGAGAAUUGUAUUCCUGCUGAAUGUCAGAGUGGCCAGAAAACAGUGAAGCCAAAAUGGCGUAACAUCACCCAAGAAAAGGCUGGUUGGGUUGAAUGCUGGACUGUCCCAAGUGUGAUGCUUACUAUCGACUAUACCUGGCAUCCAAUUUAUCCUCAGAAGGCAGAUGAACAGUUAAAGCAAUCAUUGUCAGAAAUGGAAGAAACAAUGUUAUCAGUACUAAGGCCAACCCAGAAAACAUCAGACAGAGUUGUCUCUUCUCCCACAACCUCUUCACGUCCACCUAUUGAUCCAUCAGAACUUCCACCUGAUAAACUCCAUGUAGAGAUGGAACUCUCUCCAGAUUCUCAAAUCACCCUGUAUGGGCCACUGUUAAACGCCUUCCUCUCUAUAAAGGAGAAUUACUUUGGAGAAGAUGACAUGUACAUGGACUUUGAAGAAAUUAUUUCAAGCCCUGUCUUAUCACUUUCAACCUCCUCCAGCUCUGGCUGGACUGCUGUUGGGAUGGAACAUGACAAAAAGGAAAAUGAGAGCUCAGCCAAGCUGGUCCAUCCUCUUACCUUGCGUCCUUGGGACAUUACUGUGCUUGUAAACUUGUACAAGGUUCAUGGGCGCCUUCCUGUUCAUGGAAGCACUGAUAGUCCUGAAUGCCCAACAGCUUUCUUGGAAAGACUAUGUUUCGAAAUGAAAAAAGGAUUUAGAGAAACCAUGUUGCAGCUUGUUCUGUCCCCACUAAAUGUAUUUGUGAAUGACAACUAUCAGCAACGACCUCCUGUGGAUGAAGUGCUCAGAGAAGGUCAUAUCAGCCUGUCAGGCCUGCAGCUUCGAGCACAUGCUAUGUUUUCAGCAGAAGGUCUUCCUCUAGGAAGUGAUUCCUUAGAAUAUGCAUGGUUAAUUGAUGUCCAGGCUGGGUGUCUGACAGCUAAAGUUACAGCUCCACAGCUGGCGUGUCUAUUGGAAUGGGGACAGACAUUUGUUUUCCAUGUGGUGUGCCGAGAAUUUGAGCUGGAAAGGCCAAAAUCUGUAAUAUUAUGUCAGCAUGGAAUUGAUCGUCGCUUCUGUGAAUCUAAGCUGAGUUGUGUUCCUGGGCCUUGUUCAACUUCGGAUGAGUUGAAGUACACCAUGACCCGCUUAGCUGUUGAUGGUGCAGACCUGUACAUUGUGGAGCAUGGCUGUGCUACAAACAUACGGAUGGGUGCCAUACGAGUUGCAAACUGUAAUCUCCAUAAUCAGUCAGUUGGGGAAGGUAUAAGUGCUGCAAUUCAAGAUUUUCAAGUGAGACAGUACAUUGAGCAAUUAAGUAAUUGCAGAAUUGGACUUCAGCCUGCACUACUGCGGAGGGCAUACUGGCUCGAGGCUGGAUCAAUCAAUGUAGGGCUUGUCACUGUUGACAUUGCCUUAGCGGCUGACCACCAUUCCAAACAUGAGGUGCAAAGACACUUCUUAGAAACUCAUGAUAGAAGAACCAAGAGGUUGUGGUUUUUGUGGCCAGAUGACAGCGUGAAGAAUAAAAGAAGCAGGAACAAGUGUGGCUGCUUGGGAGGCUGCAGGUUCUUUGGGGGCACAGUCACCGGCUUGGACUUCUUCAAGCUGGAAGAGCUCACACCUUCCAGCAGUUCGGCCUUUUCUAGUACGAGUGCAGAGUCUGACAGAUGUUAUGGGCAGUCUCUCCUGCAGCCUGGAGAAUGGAUUAUCACCAAAGAAUUGCCCAAAGUUGUUGAUGGUAAAAUAAAUGGCCCCAAAAGGAAAGAUUGGGACAACAAGUCAGUGGGACUCGAAGUAGAGAGAAAAGCCCACUCCCUGAGUCUCCAAGUGCCCCUACGCUCCCACAGCUCAUCCUCUUCCUCAGAGGAGAACAGCAGUUCCAGUGCAGCCCAGCCCUUGUUAGCCGGGGACAAAGAGAGUCCUUCUUCUGGUGCUGAAGAACCCAUGGUGCAAAAGGAUGCCUUAUUGACUUCCAAAAGGGAUGAUGGCCAAGGAAGCAUUCCUGCAGAAGUUUCUGGAAAUAGCCCUGUUUCUCCAAAUACGCAGGAUAAGUCCGGAGUUCAGUCACCCCUUAGAUCCCCCUUAAAACGACAGGCAUCUGUAUGUUCCACCCGACUGGGAAGUACCAAGAGUCUGACUGCGGCUUUCUAUGGUGACAAGCAGCCUGUUACAGUUGGAGUUCAGUUCAGCAGCGAUGUCUCCCGCAGUGAUGAGAAUGUGCUGGAUUCCCCAAAACAGCGAAGGAGCUUUGGUUCCUUCCCAUACACACCAUCAGCCGACUCAAACUCAUUUCAUCAGUACCGCUCAAUGGAUUCCAGUAUGUCAAUGGCUGACAGUGAAGCGUAUUUUUCUGCAGCUGAGGAAUUUGAACCAAUAAGCAGUGAUGAGGGCCCAGGAACUUAUCCUGGACGGAAAAAAAAGAAAAAACAGGCCCAACAAAUUGAUUAUAGCAGGGGUUCCAUCUAUCACAGUGUGGAGGGACCACUUUCAGGUCAUGGAGAAAGUGUUCAGGAUACCCAGACUUUGCCAAUUAAAACUCAUCCUUCUCAGGCAUCAUUUGUUUCAGCCCUUGGAGGGGAUGAUGAGCUUGGAGAACACCUGUACAUGACUGAGGGUGAGAAAAUCACAGAGAGAGAACAGAUCACUUCUCAGCAGCCUGUAAUGAGUUGUUAUCAAACUUACCUGACUCAAUUCCAGGUGAUUAAUUGGUUAAUUAAGCACCCAACAAACAAAAGAACCUCAAAGUCCUCCCUGCACCGACCCCUAGAUCUGGACACGCCAACCAGUGAAGAGAGUUCAUCAUCUUUUGAACACCUCUCUGUCCCAACUUUCAAGGUCAUCAAACAAGGCCUCACAGCUAAUUCUUUACUAGACAGAGGCAUGCAGCUCACAGGAACAACAUCCAAUACUCCAUAUACCCCUUUGGAAAAGAAAGUCAUGGAUAAUACAGAUGAUGAGACGUUAACAGAAGAGUGGACCCUUGAUCAGCCAGUCUCUCAGACCAGGACAACGGCUAUAGUAGAAGUAAAAGGAACUGUAGAUGUGGUUCUGACACCCCUGGUAGCUGAAGCUUUAGACAGAUAUAUUGAAGCAAUGGUUCACUGGGCCAGUACUCGGCACCCAGCUUCAAUAGUGGAUCAUCUUCAUUCCAAGGUCCUGAGAGAAGCUGUGCAAACUAGCAAGACAACCUUCUCUGAAAAUUUGUCCUCCAAGCAGGAUAUUAGAGGAACAAAAACUGAGCAGCCGACCACAGGACGUGCCAACCAAGGACAAGUACAGACGAAUCUUAUGCCCAAGCAGGAUAAUGUAACCAUUAAAGGUCUGCAGGCCAAUGUCAGCAUCCCCAAGGUAAACUUGUGUUUAUUGCAAGCAUCAGUAGAAGAAUCUCCUACAGCUUCUGGGAGAAGUGUAACUCAUGUUUCUCUUGUGGCAUUGUGCUUUGAUAGAAUUGCUACACAAGUUCGUAUGAAUAGAGGUGUGGUUGAAGAGACAUCAAACAGUACCGAGCCUGGCAGGACCUCCAACUUAGAUAGAUAUGUCCAUGCCAGCAAAAUGCAGCCUCAGUCUUCGGGCUCUCUGCGAUCCAAUGCUGGAGCCGAAAAAGGCAAAGAAGUUGCUGCCAAGUUAAACAUCCAUCGAGUACACGGACAGCUAAGGGGCCUUGAUACGACAGAUAAUGGGACCUGUGCCAUCACUGCUAUUCCUUUUGAGAAGUCGAAGGUUUUAUUUACUCUUGAAGAGUUGGAUGAAUUUACUUUUGUGGAUGAAACUGAUCAUCAGGCCAUUCCAGAUGUAACUCGAGUUGGCCCUAGCCAGGAAAAAUGGGGCUGGAUAAUGUUUGAAUGUGGACUUGAAAACCUAACAAUAAAAGGAGGAAGACAGUCUGGAGCUAUUUUAUACAAUGCUAUUGGCGUUAUGGGUAAAUCUAAUGCCACAGAUAGGGGUGGACUACUGACAUCCAAUAAUUCUUCUGAUUCCCCAACCGGUAGUGGCUAUAAUACUGAUGUGUCUGAUGAUAAUCUUCCUUGUGACCGAAUUAGCCCUUCCUCAGACAUAAAUGGAAAUUCUAUUUCAGAUGAACAGGAUGAAGGAGUUGAGUCAGAUGAUUUGAAAAAAGAUCUUCCUUUAAUGCCUCCCCCACCAGAUUCCUGCAGCAUGAAGUUGACUGUCAAAGAAAUUUGGUUUAGUUUUGCUGCUCCAACCAAUGUGAGAUCACCUACACAUGCCUUUUCUAGGCAACUGAACCUUCUGAGUACUGCUACUCCUGCUGUAGGUGCUUGGCUUGUUCCCAUUGACCAACUCAAGUCAUCUUUAAACAAAUUAGAAACAGAAGGAACCUUAAGAAUUUGUGCUGUGAUGGGGUGUAUCAUGACAGAAGCUUUGGAGAAUAAAAGUAUGCAUUUUCCUCUAAGAAGCAAAUACAACAGACUUACUAAGCUUGCUCGUUUUCUCCAAGAAAAUCCUUCAUGUUUACUUUGCAACAUCCUGCACCACUACCUCCACCAGGCCAAUUAUUCCAUCAUUGAUGAUGCUACAAUGAGUGAUGGACUUCCUGCCUUAGUAACUUUAAAAAAAGGUUUGGUUGCCCUUGCAAGGCAAUGGAUGAAAUUCAUUGUGGUUACACCAGCUUUUAAAGGUGUCAGCUUACACAGGCCAGCUCAGGCCUUGAAACCUCAGGCUGUAGUGAACCAUGAGCAUGAAGAUGGACUCGGACUAGACAGUGGUGGUGGUCUUCAGAGUGAUACCAGUGCUGAUGGGGCAGAAUUUGAAUUUGAUGCAGCUACUGUCAGUGAGCACACAAUGCUUCUAGAGGGAACAGCCAACCGGCCCCCACAAGGUGGUGUUUCUUCUGGACCUGUAAGUGGAGCUGAGAUCAUGAGGAAAUUAUCAAAGACACACACCCACAGUGACUCAGCUUUAAAAAUAAAGGGCAUACAUCCGUACCAUUCUCUGAGCUAUACCAGUGGAGAUACGGCCACAGAUUCGCCAGUGCAUGUGGGUCGUUCUGGAAUUCCCAUCAAAGAAAGUCCAAGAAAGGAGAGUCUGCUUAGCUAUUUGACUGGGAGUUUUCCUAGUUUGCAUAAUCUCCUAGAAGGGACUCCUCAGAGAAGUGCUACAACAGUUAAAAGUAGUUCUCUGACCAGAACAGGUAACACAGUGGCCACAGACAUGUUAUCUGAACAUCCUUUGUUAUCUGAGCCUUCAUCUGUGAGCUUCUAUAAUUGGAUGUCAAAUGCAGUGGGCAAUCGAGGAAGUGUGGUGCAAGAAUCUCCUGCCCCAAAGUCAGGACACAAUAGUCUUCCAACAGGUGUCACUCCCAACCUUCCUACAAUACCCUCAGCUUCAGACUUCAAUACUGUUUUGUCAAGUGACCAGAACACCUUAGAUGGAACCCAUUCUCAGCAUAGCACAAGUCAGGAUGAUGUGGCAGGGAUAGAAGAAGCCAACCAAGGAUUUCCUGCUGUCCAGCUUGCUGAUGCCCAGGUUGUCUUCAAACCACUUCUGAGCCAUACGGGCAUUCAGUCUCAGGAUGCAAUGCCUCUCUGCUACCGAAUGUACUUUGGAGAACAUCUUUCGUUUUCUGGGACAUUAGAUUGCCUCAGAGCAGAUAUUGUGGAUUCAGAUACAGCCAAAGAAAGAAGAAGCAAACGAGCAAGACGGCAAGGACAUGUCAACCUUCCUCCACUUGAGUUCAAACCGGCAUUAAUGUUGGAAACCUUCAGCAUCAGUGCUGUUGUAAUGGAGAAGUCCACAUGUACCCCGCAGAACUCCACCAAUGCUUUUUCAUUUCACGACCUCAACAAGCGUUAUUUCAAUACCUUUCACUGCAAUUUUACUAUUUCCUGUCAGUCAAUAAGCCAGCAUGUAGACAUGGCUUUGGUUCGUCUUAUUCACCAAUUUAGUACAAUGAUAGAUGAUAUAAAAGCCACUCAGACUGAUAUCAAACUUAAUCGCUAUACAGCAGGGUCAGCUUCCCCCACACCUACUUUCAAAACACACAGACAUCGGGACUUCCGCUCUUCUGACUUCAGCCGAAGUUCUAGGGGGAGCCUUAAUGGUGGAGGGAGAGUCAACAAUGCAAAGAGCAAAAGGGCCAACAAUGAGAACAACAAAAAGGAAUCUCGAAACAAGAAUUCUUUGGGAAGGUCUGAAAGAAGAACCUCGAAAGUAUCAAGGAAAGGUUCCAAGGAGGUAGUGGAUCACAUGACUAUCCACAUGGAUGACUCAGAUUCCAUUACCGUGUCCGAACAGAGUGAACCUUCAGCAGAGUGCUGGCAAAACAUGUACAAGCUGCUUAACUUUUAUUCACUUAUCUCUGACCCAACAGGGAUAUUAGAGAAAUCUUCAGAAACUUUUGGUCCAACUGGAGUACGGAGCCCUACAGAAGCUCCUUGUAAAGUUGUGUUUGAGAACGAACAAGACAAUAAUAGCUUGACCAAAACACAAAGGAAACGAAGCCUGGUCACUUCAGAACCUCAGAAUGUCACGCUGAUUGUUUUUGGUAUUGGCAUGGUGAACCGUACACACCUCGAGGCAGACAUUGGUGGACUCACAAUGGAAUCAGAAUUGAAGAGAAUUCAUGGUAGUUUUACCCUUAAAGAAAAAAUGAAAGACGUUUUACAUCAAAAGAUGACCGAGACUUGUGCCACUGCACAUAUUGGUGGAGUUAAUAUUGUACUGCUUGAGGGGAUUACGCCAAAUAUACAACUGGAAGAUUUCCCUACAUCUCCUACAAGCACCGCCAAACAAGAAUUUCUAACUGUAGUAAAGUGUAGUAUUGCCAAGUCCCAAGCCCUCUACAGUGCCCAGAGAGGGUUGAAGACAAACAAUGCUGCUGUAUUCAAGGUGGGAGCAAUCAGCAUCAACAUUCCCCAGCACCCAGCCACCUUGCACAGCAUGAUGGUCCGCAGCUCACACCAGCUUUCCAAGCAGAUCUCAGACCUCAUCAGACAACCAUCAGCAGCCCCACAGUCUGCAAAAGAAGAUAUUGCAACCCCUUUGCCUUCUGAAAAAACUCCGAGUGUUAACCAGACUCCUAUUGAAACUAAUGAAUUUCCACAGCUUCCUGAAGGCUUGGAAAAGAAGCCUAUUGUUCUUAAGUUCAGUGCUAUGUUGGAUGGCAUAGCAAUUGGAGCAGCACUCUUACCAUCUCUGAAAGCAGAGUAUAAGAUGGGAAGAAUGAGAAGCCAUGGGAUGACAGGUGCUCAGACAAGAUUUACAUUUGAACUACCAAAUCACAGACUACGCUUUACUUCAAAAGUUUCUGCCACAGAUAUGUCAACUAUUCCUCCUUCUGCUAGCCUUAACCUUCCUCCUGUUACUAUGUCGGGGAAAUACAUAAUGGAAGAACAUGACAGCUAUUCAGAUCAAGUGUGGAGUAUAGAUGAGCUGCCCUCUAAACAAGGUUACUAUUUACAGGGAAACUAUCUGCGUUGUGUGGCUGAGGUUGGUUCAUUUGAGCAUAAUCUUACAACUGACCUUCUAAACCAUUUGGUAUUUGUGCAAAAAGUUUUUAUGAAGGAAGUUAAUGAAGUAAUACAGAAAGUUUCUGGUGGGGAGCAGCCUAUUCCUCUCUGGAAUGAGCAUGAUGGCACAGCAGAUGGAGAUAAGCCCAAAAUUCUUCUCUAUUCCUUGAAUCUGCAGUUUAAGGGCAUUCAAGUAACAGCCACAACUCCAUCCAUGAGAGCUGUGAGGUUUGAGACUGGAUUGAUUGAAUUGGAACUCUCUAACCGACUUCAGACAAAAGCCUUGCCAGGAGGCAGCAGUUACCUAAAGCUGUUUGGUAAAUGCCAAGUUGAUUUAAAUCUGGCAUUAGGACAAAUUGUCAAACACCAGGUUUAUGAAGAAGCUGGUUCUGACUUUCACCAGGUUGCCUAUUUUAAAACUAGAAUUGGGCUAAGAAAUGCCCUCCGAGAAGAAAUCAGUGGUUCUUCAGAUAGAGAAGCUGUGCUAAUUACUUUGAAUAGACCAAUUGUAUACGCUCAACCUGUGGCCUUCGACAGAGCUGUGCUAUUUUGGCUCAAUUACAAGGCUGCCUAUGACAAUUGGAAUGAACAGAGAAUGGCACUGCACAAGGAUAUUCACAUGGCCACGAAGGAGGUGGUGGAUAUGUUACCAGGCAUUCAGCAGACAUCUGCCCAGGCUUUUGGGACCCUUUUCCUCCAGCUUACUGUUAAUGAUCUGGGGAUUUGUCUGCCUAUCACAAACGCUGCCCAGUCGAAUCAUACUGGUGACCUUGAUACUGGCUCUGCUUUGGUAUUGACCAUUGAAAGUACUCUCAUCACUGCCUGCUCUUCUGAAUCUCUCGUUAGUAAAGGUCACUUCAAAAAUUUCUGCAUCCGCUUCGCUGAUGGCUUUGAGACAACUUGGGACGACUGGAAACCAGAAAUUCGUGGGGAUCUUGUCAUGAAUGCCUGUGUAGUACCAGAUGGUACCUAUGAGGUCUGCUCAAGAACUACUGGGCAGGCUGCAGCUGAAAGUAGUAGUGCUGGCACCUGGACACUCAAUGUAUUGUGGAAAAUGUGUGGAAUUGAUGUCCACAUGGAUCCUAACAUUGGGAAGAGGCUGAAUGCUCUGGGAAACACGCUGACCACCCUGACAGGAGAGGAGGAUGUUGAUGACAUUGCUGACCUCAGCUCAGUGAAUAUUGCAGAUCUGUCAGAUGAAGAUGAAACAGAUACAAUGUCACCCACUGUGCAUGCUAGUUCAGAUGGAAGUUCAAUAUGUGGAGAUAUCAACAAGCUUACCUUUGGGCAGCGACUUGUAAAUCACCUGCUGGGACUGACACCCCAAAAUCAGCGUUCUUCUGUUCCUGCAGAAUAUCUGUUUGGAUCAGAGAUGUGUGCUGCCCCUCAGUACAACCAGACACAUUUGAAAGCAUGCAGGGCUCACUCAUGGGGAAAUGAAGUUGUAGAUUAUCGAAGGCAAGGAGUGUCUGCUACCCAACUUGGAGAACUGAGAGGGAGGAAAAUCAUGAAACGCAUUGUGGAUAUUAGAGAAUUGAAUGAACAGGCUAAAGUCAUCGAUGAUCUCAAAAAAUUAGGUGCAAGUGAAGGUACCAUAAAUCAAGAAAUUCAGCGAUACCAACAGUUAGAGUCUGUUGCAGUGAAUGAUAUUCGUAGAGAUGUCCGUAAAAAGUUGCGAAGAUCCAGCAUGCGGGUGAGUAAAUGUUGAAAAAAAUCAUACAAU